AAUAGUACAUAUUUACAAAAAAAACUUCAAAUUCACUUUUUUGAAAAUGGCGUUAAAUAAGUCUGCAGAAAGAAAUAUUUACGCUGAAAGUUCAAAAAAUCUGAUUUACUCAUCUUCUUCAGCGCAGAGUAAUCAGUUAAACUCUACAUCUGUUGCUUCCAGAAGUAGUCAUUCAAAUCAACAAUCAAGUGUUCAGGUUUCUAGUGAAAAGCGUCAUAGCUUUGCCAAAGAAGACACACGUAAAUCUUUGCAUCAAAACGUAGAAAAUUCAAGUAAAAAUGCAUUGUCUGAACAAAAACGUAACAGUCUUAUUAAAGAAAUAUACCGAAAAGUUUCUGUCGCACCGGCUCUCCAUCAAACAAACCAGUUUAACGAAGAAGAACAAGAUAACAUUCGUGUAAGACUUAACAAUGUUGAAGAUCAAUCAGAAGAUGAAGAAGGAUGGAGUCUCUCACAAGAGUCUCAACCAGUUGUUUCUGCUGUUUCAUAUCCAAAUAUGUUUGAACAACCUCCUCCAAAACCAAAACGUUCUAUUGUACCAGCUAUUAUUGUAGACCAUAAUUAUCAAUCAAAUAGUCAAAUAGUAAGUGAAUCAAUCAGUGAAUCAAGUAACUUAUCUAACAACCGAUCAAUAAGCCAAUCAAAUAAACAAUCAAAUUACCAAAUAAAUAACCAUUCAUUAAUCCAAUCAGAUAACCGAUUAACUAGCCAAUCAAGUAACCAAUCAGUAGCUCAAUUCAAUAAACAAUCAAAUUACCAAAUAAAUAACCAUUCAUUAAUCCAAUCAGAUAACCGAUUAACUAGCCAAUCAAGUAAUCAAUCAGUAGCUCAAUUCAAUAAACAAUCAAAUUACCAAAUAAAUAACCACUCAAUAAGCCAUUCAGAUAACCGAUCAACUAGCCAAUCAAGUAAUCAAUCAAUAACUCAAUCAAUUAAUCAAUCUACUAGUGAAUCAAGUAAUCAAUCAAUAAUUCAAUCAAAUAAUCGAUCAACUAGCCAAUCAAGUAAUCAAUCAACAACUCAAUCAAAUAAUCGAUCAACUAGCCAAUCAAGUAAUCAAUCAAUAAUCCAGUCAAAUAACCGUUCAACUGGCCAAUCAAGUAGUCAAUCAGUUAGCCAAUCAAAUAAUCAACUAAUAAGUCAAUCAAAUAACUAUUUAGUUAAUCAUGCAAGUAACCAAUUAGUAAGUCAAUCAGUUAACCAAAGAAGUACUCAAUCAAACAAAGAAUCAAAUAGUCAAAUAACUAACCAAUCGAAUAACCAAUCAUUGACUCAAUUAGGCUACCAGCCAAUAAAAAAUUUAACUAUGCAACCAGGUUUUCAAUUACCGAAUAAUCAAAAUCUGCAAUCAAACUUUACAUCAUCUCAAGUAAAUAAUAAUUUAUCAAACGUUCGUGGAAGUGCUCAAAGCUCAAAAUACUCGAAUGAAAAGUAUGAGUCAUCAAAAUAUUCAAAUGAAAAGUAUGAAUCAUCAAAAUACUCUAAUGAAAAGUAUGAAUUAUCAAAAAAUGAGUAUGAAGGAAGCAAAAUUUCUUCAGGUUUUCAGCCACUUCAAAAAGUUGAAAUGCCUCUGCAAGUGGUAUAUCAAUCCCCUAAAGCGCUUUCGAACUAUCAAACAGCUGAGACAGUUCUGGAAAAUAAACAUCAAUCCAAUAAAGCAGCUCAUCGUGAGCGAGUUGAUAUUGCUACUGAAAAAACACAAAUUUCACGAAGCUCUUUCUCAAACGAUCAUAAUACCGAGUUGGUUUUACAAAAAUCACAAAAUUUACGACAAGAAUCUGUAAACUUUCCAAUUAGUAACAACAGUCAGAAAGGACAAUAUAUGCCACAGGGAGAUAUGCACAGAGUUCUGAUAUCACCAACCUCCAUGUCUUAUAAAAAUAAUGAAGAUUAUUUUCAAAGUGAUGACCAAUUUAAAACUUUCCCAAGAAAUCAAACAAAAAAACAAAAUUAUGUUAACACAGAUUUGGAAUCUUCGACUGAUAAAACCAAUUUAAAAAAACAUCAAAAUAGAAAGCUUUCAUUGUUUCCUAAAGAAAGAACUGAAGUAAUUGAAAAAGUAGAAAAUGUUUGGUCUGAACAAAGAAGAGAAAGUAGAACCCAGGCUGAAGAUAUUCAGUAUGAAAAAAGAAGAGAAAGUGAGAUUCGAAAUAAAGAUAUAGUACAAGUAGAGAAAAAUUUAAAGAAUGAAAAAGUGAUGAAAGAUUUUCGAAAAAGCCAUAGUGAAAAUCAAAAAGAACACUUGAUGGAACAUCAUAAUGAGGAGUUUAAAGGAAAUUACAGAAAUGAUGUCAAACGUCUAAAAAAAGAGACAUCAGAAAAUAAUGAGUGGCACUUGAAUAAAGAAGUGUCUCAAAACAAUUUAAUUAAUAAGAACAUAAUUCAGCAAAAAGAAGCUAACUACUAUAACAAACAGUUGGUUAACAAUUUUCGAAAUGAAGGUGCUCAACAACCCAAUUAUGAAAGACAACCAAAAAAUUCUUUUGCUAACACUAAAAGUUAUGCACUUAAUGAACAAAAAGGUUCAGAAAAAGUUAAAGAAUCAAAAAACAAAAUAAAAAAUGAAACCAAUCUACAUAAUUAUCAACUGGAGAUUAGGGAAUCGGCAGAUGCCAAUUCUUCUGCUGAAUACUGGUCUCAGCAACAUAACAUACAAAGUUCUCAAAUAAACAAUUCUAAAGCUUCUUCAUCAUUUGAAAAUCAAAGCAUUUCUUAUCAAAAUUUGGAUGUAUCAUCAUUAUCAGUAAUUGAAAAGGAAGACAAUUAUUACAACUACAAUAAAGAAAAUAUUAAAACAUCAAAAGCAGCAAUUAACGAUAGAAGAUUUUCUAUUCCUAACUCUAUUCUUCGACAAUCUGAAGACAGUUCGUCUCGCUCAUCUUUUAGCGAGGGAAUGCAAUCUUUUGAACACAAUGAAUAUCGAAGAACAUCGUGGAAUGAUGAGUCAAACUCAAAAAAUAAAAAGGUAAACAAACAGCAACUUAGUGUUUCAUUUGAAGAACAACAAAACAACGCGCCUCAAUACAUCACUGAUUUUCAAGAGCUCUUUGGAAGUUCAAAUUUUGAAAUGAGUUCUGAAGAAGUAAACAAAUUUGAAAAAAAUCGAGAAUAUAAAAAAUCUAAACGAGUACAAAAAUCUCAUUCACUUACGGAGGGAAAAGCACGAAACCAACAGUUAAAAUCCAGUUCAAGCAAUAUGCAGUACACACAAACUCAGUUGAAUCAAGAUGUUAAUGCAAUUAAAAUACUAGGAGGAAGUCAUAUAGAAAGUGGAAGUUAUAUGGGAAAUUCAAGUCAUAUUGUAAAUAGAGGUCAUAUGGGAAAUGAAAGUCAUAUAAGAAACCAAAGUCAUACAAGUGUUGGACUUAAUUCAGGGAGUGAAAAUUACAGAGGAAGUGAAAAUUACAGAGGAAGUGAAAAUUAUUUUAAAAAUUUUGGAAGUCAAUUUAAAACCGAAAUAGAAAGCGGAAGUGAUGUAGGAAGCGUAAGCCACUUUUCAAGUACUUCAAACGAAUCUAAAAAAAAACUCAAUAUAAAAAUACAAUCAAUAAAAAAAGAAAAAAAUAUAUUACAAUCAAGUAAAUCGCGAGCUCGAUCAUCGAUUCAAAUUAACUUACGUAAUAAUGACCAAGAUUAUCAUUUUGGAUCAGUUAAUGUUUCAGAAAAAAAUGGAAUCAUUACGCUUGAGAUGGACGAAAAUGAUAGUUUUAUUUUUAACGAUUCUGAAGAUAGUGAAUUUGAACACCAGUCAUCAUUUAAUAACGAGCAAAAUAUUUACGAAGAAAAUGAACUGUCUUAUCGACAUCAUGAAUCGUCUUAUCGUGCUAAUCAUAAUCGUCGUAAAAGUGAAGGAGAUUUGUUGGUUCAAAGGAAAAGUAUUGAUUACUUAAACCACUCUUAUGAAGAUUUACUUAAUGUCAAUAAAAAUACAGAUGUUGAGACUAUUUAUUAUACAGUAUGUACAAAAUACUUCAAACCAGAAAACGAAGAUUGGAUCGCAAAUAUACAUAGAAUGGGUAAUUUUAAUGUUUUAAGUGGAGUUAAUCAUUUAAAUAAUUGCGUUUUUUGGAAUAACCUUUUCGAUCGAGAUAACGAAGAAAUUGUUGUUCAAAAAAUCAUCCCACAGGAAAAUGAAAAUAGUUUUUCAAAAAUUGAAAUAACUAAACAAGACAACUCAGUUUAUUUCAAAAACAGAGAAAUGAACAGCAAUAUCAAGAAUUCAAAGAAACACUCUGAAUAUAGAAACAAUAAAACUCAAAAAAGGAAAAGAUUCGGUUUAUUAAAAAAACCACGUGAUCACGAAAUAACCCCAAUCUUUUUUUGAAAAAAACUAAGUGACCAUGAAAUAUUUUUUGAGUAUUAAAGUUAAACUUUUUUUUCGUUUUUAAAUAUUUUUUUUUUAAACUGUUUUAUUUUAUUUUGACCUAUUAUUUUU